CUCUGACUCCAUAAAACCCUGCGCCUGGAGAUUUCACUCUUCUUCCUCAUGUAAACUCUCUCUCUUCCAUUUUUUUCUCUUUCUUCUAUGAAUUUUUAUUUUUUCCCUUUUUAUUUUUAUUUUUCAUUUCUGUAACUUCUCCUUCAAAGACAGAGAGAGGGAGAUUUUUUUUUUACAAAAAAAAACUGUUAAAGAUGAUGCAGCUGGGUGGUACUACAACCACAGCCGUAACCUCAGCUACACCUCCACCAUCGAACGAUUCAGCCGCUACAGAAGCUGCGGCAGCUGCAGCAACGGUUGGAGCUUUUGAGGUGUCGGAAGAGAUGAACGACCGCGGUUUUGGAGGAAACCGGUGGCCGCGGCAGGAAACGCUUGCGCUGCUAAAAAUACGAUCUGACAUGGGAAUAGCGUUUCGAGACUCUAGCGUUAAAGGACCCUUGUGGGAAGAGGUUUCCAGGAAAAUGGCUGAGCUUGGUUACAUAAGAAACGCCAAAAAAUGCAAAGAGAAAUUUGAAAACGUUUACAAAUACCACAAACGAACCAAAGAAGGCCGUACCGGAAAAUCCGAAGGCAAAACUUAUCGGUUCUUUGAUCAAUUAGAAGCUCUCGAGACUCGACCAACCUCCUCUUCCCUCCAUCAUCAACAACAACAACAACCACCACCACAGACUCAACCGCAACCGCUUCAACCGCAGCCGCCUCUACGACCGCACAACAACAACAGCUCCAUGUUCUCCACUCCUCCUCCGGUAACAACUAUUACACCGCAGAUAACAAACACAACCCUUCCUCCUUAUACUCAGCCUGUGAACGUACCUUCGUUCCCAAACAUCUCCGGAGACUUUCUGUCGGAUGAUUCAACAUCUUCUUCUCAUUCGACGUCUUCUGACGUCGAGGUUGGCGACGGAACCACCACGACGAGGAAGAAGAAAAGGAAGAGAAAAUGGAAAGAGUUUUUCGAGCGGUUAACGAGACAGGUUGUUGAUAAGCAAGAGGAGCUUCAACGCAAGUUCUUGGAAGCUGUCGAGAAGCGAGAGCACGAGAGGUUGGUUAGAGAAGAGUCUUGGAGAGUGCAAGAGAUUGCUCGUAUCAACCGUGAACGCGAUAUCUUAGCUCAAGAACGCUCCAUGUCCGCCGCAAAAGACGCCGCGGUUAUGGCGUUUCUUCAGAAACUAUCUGAGAAACCGAACCCUCAAGGUCAAUCAAUUCCGCAACAACAACCGCAACCGCAACAGCCUCCAUCGCAAAUGCAGGUUAAUAAUAACAACAACCAGCAAACGCCUCAACCGCCACCUCCUCCAAUUAGUCAGCCGACACAGCCAGUGACACCGACCGUAGACACUUCCAAAACAGACAACGGUGAUCAGAACAUGACUCCAGUGUCGGCCUCCGCGGCAGGAGCAUUGAGCUCAUCGCGGUGGCCGAAAGUGGAGAUAGAGGCAUUGAUAAAGCUGAGGACGAAUCUUGACUCAAAGUAUCAAGAGAACGGACCAAAAGGACCGUUGUGGGAAGAGAUAUCAGCGGGAAUGAAACGUUUAGGGUUCAACAGGAACUCAAAGAGAUGCAAAGAAAAAUGGGAAAACAUAAACAAAUAUUUCAAGAAAGUCAAGGAGAGCAACAAGAAACGUCCUGAAGAUUCCAAGACUUGUCCUUACUUUCACCAGCUUGAUGCUUUAUAUAGGGAGAGGAACAAGUUCCACACUAGUAACAACGUUAUUGCAUCUUCUUCCUCAACUUCCGGUUUAGUUAAACCGGAUAAUUCGGUUCCUUUGAUGGUCCAACCGGAGCAACAAUGGCCUCCCGCGAUGGCAACUACUACAAUGACGAGUACAGUUGCUGCAACGGCUCAACCUGAUCAACAUCCUCCUCCUCAGCCGUUGGAUAAGAACUUUGAUGAUGAAGAAGGCACAGAUGGAGAAGAAUACGACGAGGAGGAAGACUACGAAGAGAAUGAGGAAGAGGAAGGAGGUGAGUUUGAGCUUGUGCCGAGCAAUAACAACAACAACAACAAGCCGACGAAUAACAUGUGAUGUGGAUGAUGAUUCGGGUUCGAGUGGGUUGUGGUGAAACUUGAAAGAUUAGUAGUAAUAUUUUUAAAGUUUUGAUACAGAAGAAGCGAAUUUAAAUAUUGGAAAGGGGUGGUUUCUUUUUUUAUCUUUGAUUUUUAAGUUAUACUGAGAAAAAAUAAUAUGUUGGAACAAAAUUUAAUACAUGUGAUUUAGUUAUUUUUUGCGAUAAAUAAAUAAGUAAUGGUAAGAGAUGGAGACAAUGUGGGGUUUAAAAACAAAUAAUUGAAAUUGUAACUUGUAAUGUUUUUAAAUCCUUUUAAAUGAAUGGUUUUUGUUGUUGUCUGUA